CUCACGUAAUCGCAAUCGGCCACUUUAACGUCCUACUGUCAGUGGAAGGUCACAUUUUUUAAAGUCAUAUUUUUGGUCGAUUUUCUAAAAACUGUGCCGCACAAUGUUUUCUAGAGUAGUAAGGCCCACUUUGGUAUCUGCCAGGAAUUUCAGUACCUCAAAACAGAACAACUACAAGGUGGCGGUAUGUGGCGCCGCUGGCGGUAUCGGUCAGCCCCUGUCCCUUUUGCUCAAAAUCAACCCUUUGGUGUCGGAACUGUCUCUGUACGAUAUCGUGCACACUCCCGGAGUGGCAGCUGACUUGAGCCACAUCGAGACUGCCGCCAAGGUGAAAGGAUUCAAUGGACCUGAAAAUCUACUGGAGGCUUUGAAGAAUGCCGACGUUAUCAUCAUACCCGCCGGUGUGCCGAGGAAACCAGGCAUGACCAGGGACGAUCUGUUCAACACCAACGCGGGAAUUGUCCGUGAUCUCGCCAAAGCAGCGGCCGAGGCUGCCCCCAAGGCCCUCAUCGGCAUCAUCACCAACCCCGUCAACUCGGCGGUGCCCAUCGCCUGUGAGGUGCUGAAGAAGGCGGGCAAAUUAGACCCCAAACGCAUCUUCGGCAUCUCCACCUUAGAUAUCGUCCGUGCCAACACCUUCAUCGCCGAGGCCAAGGGGCUCAACCCCAAGGACGUCAACGUACCCGUCAUCGGGGGACACUCCGGCGUCACCAUCAUCCCCCUGAUCUCCAGGUCCACCCCGUCAGUCAGCUUCCCACAGGAACAGCUGAAAGCGUUGACCACCAGGAUCCAGGAGGCCGGCACGGAGGUGGUGAAGGCGAAAGCGGGCGCGGGUUCCGCCACCCUCUCCAUGGCCUAUGCCGGCGCCAGGUUCGCUAACUCGCUGCUCCGCGGUCUCAAGGGGGAGCCCAACGUCAUCGAACCCGCCUACGUCAUCUCGGACGUGACGGAAGCCCCCUACUUCUCCACACCGCUGAUCCUGGGCAAGAACGGUAUCGAGAAGAACCUGGGAUUAGGCACGUUGAGCGACUUCGAGAAGGACCUUCUCAAAGCCGCCAUUCCCGAACUGAAGAAGAAUAUCGAGGCCGGCGUGAAGUUCGCUAACCAGUGAGAGGGGUUUUAAGGCUAUUUUCUGUCUUCGUUUGAGGGGGGGGAGUAAAGGCAAAGUCUAGUCUUUGUACGAUAAUUUUACUGUUAAGGUCAAAAAGCUGUUCCGUUUUUUUUUUAAGCUGUAAAAAACGUUGCAUUGUUUCUCUUUUUAGUUUACUUGCAGUGCAUUUUUUUUUAAGUGAUUUACGACAUCCGUUUUGGUUCUUCUUUUUGUAAAAUAGCGAGAAUGUAUUACUAUGUAAAUUGUGAAGUCAAAAAUAUAACUUUCUAGUAAUUU